GGAAGAAAGAAAGACUAGUAGAUUAUAGAUUAUAGAUUAUAGAUUGAUAGAUAGAUAUUAGAAAGAGAGAGAGAGAAAAGGUCGAGCUGUAAUCACAUGGGGUUUUCUUUAGUUGGGGCCUCCCUCCUCCGUUCCACAAUUAUGAGCUGAAACUUCUUCUUCUUCGCCUUCUCCGGUGAAUCCAUGGCCGACGAUAAGGAGAUGUCCGCUCCUGUUGUGAAUGGUAAUGAUGCUCUUACUGGACACAUAAUUUCAACAACCAUUGGUGGAAAAAAUGGAGAACCUAAACAGACCAUUAGUUACAUGGCAGAGAGAGUUGUUGGAACAGGAUCUUUUGGAGUAGUUUUUCAGGCAAAAUGCUUGGAAACUGGGGAAACUGUAGCAAUAAAGAAAGUGUUGCAGGAUAGAAGAUACAAAAACCGUGAAUUGCAAUUAAUGCGCACCAUGGACCAUCCAAACGUGGUGCGUCUGAAACAUUGUUUUUUCUCCACCACGAGUAAUAACGAGCUUUUCCUCAACUUGGUUAUGGAAUAUGUACCUGAAAGCAUGUAUCGAGUUUUGAAGCAUUACGGAAACCUCAAGGGGACAACGCCUCUCGUCCUUGUCAAACUUUACUCUUAUCAAAUCUUUAGAGGACUUGCUUAUAUGCAUAAUGUCCCUGGAGUUUGCCACAGAGACUUGAAACCACAGAAUGUUCUGGUUGAUCCUGUAACUCACCAUGUCAAAAUCUGUGAUUUUGGAAGUGCAAAGAUGCUUGUGAAAGGUGAAGCAAACAUAUCGUACAUAUGUUCGCGUUACUAUCGGGCUCCUGAACUCAUUUUUGGCGCCACUGAAUACACAACCUCCAUUGACAUAUGGUCUGCUGGAUGUGUACUUGCCGAGCUCCUAUUGGGCCAGCCUCUAUUCCCUGGAGAAAAUGCAGUGGACCAACUUGUAGAGAUAAUUAAGGUUCUUGGUACGCCAACCCGUGAAGAGAUUCGUUGUAUGAAUCCAAAUUACUCAGAUUUUAGGUUUCCACAGAUAAAAGCUCAUCCCUGGCAUAAAAUUUUCCACAAACGCAUGCCUCCUGAAGCCAUUGAUCUUGCGUCCCGUCUACUCCAAUACUCCCCAAGUCUUCGCUGCACUGCCCUAGAGGCAUGUGCACACCCAUUUUUUGAUGAGCUUCGAGAUCCCUAUGUCCGCCUUCCCAAUGGCUCCCAAUUGCCUCCUCUAUUCAAUUUUAAACAAGAGUUAGCCGGUGCAUCAACAGAGCUUGUGAACAAGUUGAUCCCAGAGCAUGUGAGAAGGCAAAUGGGUAUGAACUUUCUGCACCCAUCAGUCACAUAAAUAUGGUUAUAGGAGAAUAACCUGGGCUAAUUGCUUUAUUUGAUGGGAAUUUAUCGCAAGAAAAGCUAUGUUACCUCUUCUGUCAGCUUUGAGAAGAAAACCGUAGCACCCUAAGUUACUGCUGCCUUUCUUUAUUUUCAGUGUCACGGUUUUCCAUUGGCCGAGCCUCCCAAAAGCAAAAGGGAGGUGGCUUGUAGGAAGACCAGCUUGUAUAUGUCUAUUAUUAUUAUUACUACGAAUCUUUGCAAAAUUCUAGAGUUUUUUUCUUCUUUUUUUUCAACCUGUGAAGGAUAGAGGAUAUGUCAAUGCAUAUGUAUGGGGCCCAAGUGGGUUAGGAGAGAUGACUUGUGUUAUUUAGUGUUCUAUGAUUGUUUUAAGAUUGCUUAUUGAUACUUUUACUAGUUAUGGUUUGCAUUAUU